AAGGAAGUAGAAACUGCGCAUGCGUGUGACGUUUGGUAAUGUUCUUCUCGCGAGAUCUCGGAAGUUGACAUGGCGGUCCUCCUUGAAACUACCCUCGGGGAUGUUGUGAUUGAUUUAUUCACAGAAGAAAGGCCGAAAGCUUGCCUCAACUUUCUGAAAUUAUGCAAGAUAAAAUACUACAACUACUGCCUUAUCCACAAUGUGCAGAGAGAUUUCAUCAUCCAAACUGGGGACCCCACUGGGACAGGUAGAGGUGGAGAGUCAGUCUACUGCAAACUGUAUGGGGACCAGGCCCGUUUUUUCGAUGCAGAGAAAACACCACGUAUUAAACACAGAAAAAAGGGGACAGUGUCUAUGGUCAACAACGGGAGUGACCAGCAUGGUUCACAGUUUCUUAUUACCACUGGUGAUAAUCUGGAUUACCUCGAUGGUGUGCACACGGUUUUUGGGGAAGUGUCAGAAGGAUUGGAUAUUGUGGCUAAAAUCAACGAGACGUUUGUUGACACCGACUUUGUCCCAUUUCAGGACAUCAGAAUAAACCACACUAUGAUCCUUGAUGACCCAUUUGAUGAUCCUCCAGAUCUCCCAGUGCCUGAUCGGUCUCCCGAUCCCACCAAAAAGCAGCUCGAUAGUGGCCGGAUAGGAGCAGAUGAAGUCAUAGACGAUGCAGAUGGGAAAGCAGCUGAAGAAGUGGAGGAGAGGCUUCAGGAGAAAGAAGCCAAAACUCGUGCCAUCCUUUUGGAAAUGGUGGGCGACCUCCCUGAUGCAGAUGUAAAGCCUCCAGAGAAUGUGCUGUUUGUGUGCAAACUGAACCCAGUGACCACAGAUGAGGACCUAGAAAUAAUUUUUUCUCGCUUUGGACACAUCAAAAGCUGUGAAAUCAUUCGUGACUGGAAGACAGGAGAUUCCCUCUGUUAUGCUUUCAUUGAAUUUGAAAAGCAAGAAGACUGCGAAAAGGCUUACUUCAAAAUGGAUAAUGUGCUAAUAGAUGAUCGACGCAUUCAUGUCGACUUCAGCCAGUCUGUGUCAAAGAUCAAAUGGAAAGGGAAAGGUGGAAAGUACACCAAAGAAGACUUCAAGUCUUAUGAAAAUGACUUGGAGAAGCGAUCCAAACUGACUCUGAAAGAUCGGAUCAAGCCCAAACAAGAUUCCCGAUAUGACCUAGUGUUGGAGGAAGAGGAGGAGCCGGGACGACAUCGCUCUGAGAAAAAACACAAGAAUAAAAGACAUCACCACCAUUCUCAUCAUUCCGAUGCAAAGGGAAGCAAGAAGUCCAAAACACAUAAGGGGGCACUCGAGCAGAAAAGAUCAGAGACUGGUGGAAUAUAUGUGCCAAGGAAGUCGCUUUUACUGGAUGACAAAGUCAGCCGACAGGACUGGAAGUCAGGCCGGCAGCGCUCCCACUCACGUUCCCGCUCCAGAGACAGGGACCACAAAAAUGCCAAGUCUCAGGAGGGCCAAGCCAGAAGACAAAGGAGUCGCAGUCGUUCCCCCAGGAAGUCCAAGGACAAGGACCGAAGCAGAUACAGAUGAGCCUGUUUCAUCUGUCCUCAUAAUAGAGCAGUGAAAACUGUUCUACUGCCACCUCUUUGUCAUAUUGUCAGGAAUAAUGAACACACUUGAUAUCAGUAAAUAAAGUAAUUCAGA